UUCGAUUCAACCGGAAAUUGCACGACCGCUGCACUGGCGCGUUCGAUUCAUCCUAGUUCUGAACGAGUUCAGUCCCAGUUCCGGAAAUGCUUGCACCGGCUCCGAAGCCAGUUCAGCGUUCGUGCAGUAGCAGACGACGAAAGCAGACGACGAAAGCAGACGACUCUUCUCUUUUUUGCUCGCUGUGCUCGGUCAUUAAAGCAUGUUUGUUAUACACAACAACGUAGAAACGGAAGUCUUCCCACUUGUGGACGAAAAUGGUGUGCCCGUAGUGGACGGAAGCGGGAUGGUGUACGUUACCGAAGACGGAGAACGAGUUACGCUCGUCUUUGCCUCUGAGCCGGACGCAGACCCAACUGUCCUGCAGCCUGCGCGUCCACCCACAACGGACGUCGACGGGCAGCUGUGGAGUGCCGCGAAGACGAAGUUCUUUAUCGGCUGUUAUAAGGAACUAAAAGAGCGUCUGAGAGCAAAGGGGGGUUUCAGGACCAAACGAGCCCUUUGGCAGCAGCUGGCCGACACCGUCGUCGGAGAGUUCGGCGGCGUUGUCACCGCUGACCAGGCCGAAAACAAAUGGAAGUCCUUGGAGAGAGCGUACAAGAACGCCAAAUCGAAAAACAACAAGUCGGGCCACUCUAGGGUCAUCACUUGUAAACGUGCUGUUUCUGUGGUUUAG